GCCCAGGCAACUCUGUGGCGGGAACCCGCACCUCCGGGCCGGCCUAGCGGGGUUCGGGCUUCCCGGUUUCCUUUCCCCGAAAACCCCGGGAAAUUGCCGGCGAACUCCUCGCUCCGGAGACGAGCGGCUGACAGCCCCGCCAGGGGCGCCGGGAACGCGCCGCGGGAGCGGGAGGUAACAGGAGGAAGUAACCAUGCAGGCAUUUCUAAAAGGUGCCUCUAUCAGCACUAAGCCACCAGCAACCAAGGACCGAGGCAUCGCUGCCGCUGCAGGGAGCAGUGGAGAGAACAAGAAGGUUAAACCUGUUCCCUGGGUGGAGAAAUAUCGCCCAAAAUGUGUGGAUGAAGUUGCUUUCCAGGAAGAAGUAGUUGCAGUGCUGAAAAAAUCUUUAGAAGGAGCUGAUCUUCCUAAUCUUUUAUUUUAUGGGCCACCUGGAACUGGAAAAACAUCCACAAUUUUGGCAGCUGCUAGGGAACUCUUUGGGCCUGAGCUUUUUCGAUUAAGAGUUCUUGAGUUAAAUGCGUCUGAUGAACGUGGAAUACAAGUAGUUAGAGAGAAAGUGAAGAAUUUUGCUCAGUUAACGGUGUCAGGAAGCCGUACAGAUGGGAAGCCAUGUCCUCCUUUUAAAAUUGUGAUUCUGGAUGAAGCGGAUUCCAUGACCUCGGCUGCUCAAGCAGCUUUAAGACGAACCAUGGAGAAAGAGUCUAAAACCACACGAUUCUGUCUCAUCUGUAACUAUGUCAGUCGAAUAAUUGAACCCUUGACCUCUAGAUGCUCUAAAUUUCGCUUCAAACCUCUCUCAGAUAAAAUUCAACAGCAGCGAUUACUAGACAUUGCUGAUAGAGAACAUGUCAAAAUUAGCAACGAGGGAAUAACCUAUCUUGUUAAAGUAUCAGAAGGAGACUUAAGAAAGGCCAUUACAUUUCUUCAAAGUGCUACUCGUUUAACAGGUGGGAAAGAGGUUACAGAGAAAGUGAUCACAGACAUUGCUGGGGUAAUACCGGCAGACACUAUUGAUGUUCUAUUUACUGUGUGUCAGAGCGGCUCUUUUGACAAACUAGAAGCCGUGGUAAAGGAUUUAAUAAAUGAGGGACAUGCAGCAACUCAGCUGGUAAAUCAACUUCAUGAUGCUGUUGUAGAAAAAGAUGAUCUUUCUGAUAAGCAGAAGUCAGUUAUAACUGAAAAGCUUGCUGAGGUGGAUAAGUGCUUAGCAGAUGGUGCUGAUGAACACUUGCAACUGAUCAGCCUCUGUGCUACUGUGAUGCAACAGCUGACCCAAAAUGUUAAAUGACAUUUUUGUACUUGUUAAAUAAAUUUGCCAAUACGCAUUUUAAAGUGAAUAUACAAUUUAUUAAACAUUCAAACUUCAUUAAGACAUGUGCAAUAUGGCAAUUUUACUUGGGGUUAUACCCUACUAAGAUAUGAUUGCUUGCUGGGGCUUAGCAACAGGGUCCAGUUCACACUUAGCACUAAUUAAAUACUUUAUUGAAUAAAUACAAUACCAAAACAAAAUGCAUUCAAAUGCUUUCUAGAAAAAAAAAGUCAAUCUUAAGGGCCUUUCUAUUGAGGCUAAUGACAAGUACAAUAAAGGCAGGUAUGCUAGUUUAACAUAAUUGGCUGAUUUUAUACAGCACUUAUAUCUUUUAGUCCACAAGUAUAUUAUUAAAUGAUAGAGAACAUCUAAUACAACCAUUUCUACAUAACUAGGAAAUAAAUUUCUAAGAAAGAAAGAUUUUACAGACCCCAUCUUUUAUACCCAACCCCAACAGUCUAACUCUAGAGGAUAAGCCAAUGCCUUUCCUCACAAGAGCUCACGACUAAAGUCGCUCUGCUAUCAAAAUCUGUAUUUCUGAUCCGUUAUGAACAUUGAGACAAGAUUCAAAUAUUCCCAAAGAAAGAAGCACAAUGCACGUUGUGAUCGCCUAUUCAGCAACAGCGAGCACUGCAUUCAAAAAUUAUCUCAUCCCAGGAAUUAAAUAAGGUCAGCCACAUUCAUUGGCAUUU